AUGGCACCUCUGUUCUGUCUAUACCCUUAUGCUGCUGGCGUGAGGAUAGAGAGAAAUAAUGGGGGAGAUGAUUGUAUUGGUGGAAAGGUUGAAACUUUCCAAGGAGAAACAGCGGGAAAUACCCAGAAAGUUAUCGAGAAAGAUGUCACAUUUUUCUUCUGUAAAGACUCUCCUCCUCCCUGGUUCGAUGGCAGUAUUUCAGGAGAUUUUGGAUUCGACCCACUUGGAUUAGGUAAGCGUGCAUUUUUUGCACAAGCUGAGCUAAUACACAGCAGAUGGGCAAUGCUUGCUGUGUCUGGAAUUCUGAUUCCAGAAUGGCUAGAAAGUCUGGGGUUUAUUGAGAAGUUCUCUUGGUACGAUGCAGGAGCACAAGAAUACUUCGCAGAUUCCACACCUUUAUAUAUAUUCUGA